AUGUAUUGUGGAGAUUAUACACAAGGAACGAUUCUUCCUGCUCCAAAUUUUAACCCUAUAAUGGAUGCCCAGUUGCUAGGAGGAGCCCUACAGGGAAUUAGCUGUGAAAAAGAUGUGUUGAUUGAAAUCCUAACUCAGCGUUGCAACUCCCAGCGGCUCAUGAUUGCCGAGGCAUACAGAGACAUGUACAGCAGGGAUCUGAUAACAGACCUAAAAGAGAAUCUCUCUCAUCACUUUAAAGAAGUUAUGGUUGGCUUGAUGUAUCCACCUGCCUCCUAUGAUGCCCAUGAGCUUUGGCAUGCCUUGAAGGGAGUAGACACAGAAGAAAAAUGUCUAAUUGACAUAUUGGCCUCAAGAUCAAAUAUGGAGAUCUUCCAGAUUAAAGAAGCCUACCUAAUGCAAUAUAAUACUGAUCUUCAACAAGAUAUCGAUUCUGAGACUUCAGGUCACUUCAGAGAUACACUCAUGAACCUUGCCCAGGGGACAAGGAUGGAAGGAUAUGCAGACCCUUCUACAGCUGCUCAGGAUGCAAUGAUUCUAUGGGAGGCAUGUCAGCAGAAGACAGGCGAACACAAAAACAUGCUGCAAAUGAUUCUCUGCAACAAGAGCCACCAGCAGUUGUGGAUGGUUUUCCAGGAGUUCCAAAGUAUCUCUGGGCAAGACAUAGUGGAUGCCAUUAAUGAAUGUUAUGAUGGAUACUUUCAAGAAUUACUGGUUGCAAUAGUUCUCUGCAUUCGUGACAAACCUUCUUACUUUGCUUACAGGCUGUAUAAUGCAAUUCACGACUUUGGGUUUCACAAUAAAACAGUUAUUAGGAUUCUCAUUGCCAGGAGUGAGAUAGACUUGAUGAACAUACGCCAGCGAUACAAGGAGAGAUAUGGGAAAUCACUCUUCCAUGACAUUAAACAUUUUGCUUCAGGGCAUUACGAGAGUGCUUUACUUGCUAUCUGUGCUGGUGACACAGAAGAUUAUUAAGAAGAUGAACUCUGAAGGUGGUGCAAACCCAUUUUAAAUAGAAAUUGAAGCUAUAUGCAAUGCACUAACUGUAAGAGAUCCCUAUUUUACAUAACAGAACGGCAAAAUUUGUACUGUACAUUUGCUAAUAUUAAAUAUUUCUUGAGACAGAAAAAGAUGUUGGCAGGAACAUGGUUUUAUCCCUAGUUCUAAUUAAUAUUUCCGGUUUUAUGAUUGAUGUAAAUUAAUGGAGCAAGUGGUAAAAUUACUCCAUGUAAGCACUUAUUUAUCAUUUAUUGUCACAACAUCCCAAACAUUUAUCAGCAUGCUCUGGAAGAAUUUGUUCACUUCCACAUGGGGGAGAAAAAAUAUUUUAUUUACUUUUAGCAAGAUUUCUUCCUUUUCUUCUUUUUAUACCUCAUAUUUUAUGCUCUUAAACAUUAUUGUUUUAGUUAUUAUCCGACUAAUCAUCUGCUCUCAUCUAUUAUCAGUCACUCACCAGAGUGCUUUUGUAUUCUCUUUUACAUAGCUCACAUAGUUAAUGGCCUUUAAGAGGUUCCAGAGGAUUAAAAUCUGAAUUCCAUUUUUA